GUCCAAAUUGCACUCUCGGCUACUAGAUCUCUGCAACCUCCUCACAUCCACAGUAGAAAUCAUCGUUGCUUCGCCAGCGGGGUUGAAUUAAUUUUUUAAGUACGCGGAUACAUCUUAUAUAUCAAGGAAUAUGCUACACGUUUUUUUACUGUCGUCGUUAAUUGGACAGCUGAUUGUCACCGUUGAUUCGGAGCGUGAAACUGGUUUCUACAUUAAUAAUGGACACAAUCAAACGACAAUGGAGCGAUGGCUCUCAUCUGAAGAAAAAACAGCCUUGGAACACAGAAUUUUGAGACUCCUUGGAUUGCCAGAGAAGUCAAAAAAUCCAGAGAAAAAGCCAAUUAUGAAAAGAUCGGCGCCGAAAUUCCUUCUGGACGUAUACACAAAUGACAUUGGUAAACAUGGGAAUAAUAGCGGAGAGUUCAAGCUCAACGAGAGAAAUUUAUACACAAUCAAUCAGAGUGACGUAAUCAUUAGUUUCAUGGCUCAACAGCCACACCAGGGGCUCGGUGGCAAACCGGAUAGAGUCAAGAGGAUGUGGUUCGACGUAUCUGCAGUACCAGUCGAUGAUGAUAUCAUGAUGUCGGCAGAGCUCAGGCUGUACAGAGGUCCUGAAGCCAAUACAAACAGAAAUCGAGGAGCAUUCACUGUCGCAGUUUACAGAGUUCUACGUGAUACUGAUGGUAACAAAGAUUUUCAUUUCGUUGACUCGGUGAAUACUGGUGCAGGAUACACUGGGUGGAUUACGCUGGAUGUCUCGGAGUCUCUGCAGAUUUGGACUAAACAACCAGAGGAAAAUCGAGGAUUGUACAUAACAGUUGUGUCUACUGAAGGAACUGAUUCCUAUAAAGUGAAACCUGAAAACAUUGGCAUCAUUGGGUUCAAGGGGAGUGAAGAGAAACAACCAUUUAUGGUUGGCUUCUACAAGAACUCCGGAAAAAGAAGUAUUCAACUUCGUAUCAACGAUAUCGUCGCCAGACAUCCGCGAAAUGCACUGGAUCAUACUCUAGAGGCUAUGCAAAACUACUAUUUGAAAAAUGAACACUUGGAUGUACAAAUAUUGAGGGAAUCGUGUGGGCUUCGAACAUUAUACGUCAACUUUAAAGACAUUCAGUGGCAGGAUUGGAUCAUAGCUCCUUCAGGAUUCGAUGCGUUUUAUUGUAGUGGUGAAUGCAAUUUCCCUUUGCAAACUAGGAUGAAUGCAACUAACCAUGCAAUCAUUCAAAACUUGAUGCAUUUGAAGCAGCCUGAUGAAGUUCCGAAGUCAUGUUGUGCUCCUACGAAGUAUUCAGCACUUACUGUGUUAUAUUUUCAAGAUGAGAAUAAUGUGGUCUUAAAGAAAUAUCAGAAUAUGAUUGUUAAUAGAUGUGGAUGUUUAUAGAAAAUUAGUCAUAAUUUUUCCGUUUCAAUUUUCUUUCCUUGACACCUAGUCUCCUUGAAGAGUUUCCAGACUCCUCGAUAAAUUUCUUGUUUUUUUUAGGAUUAAGAUUGGGAUCAUCAUAGAAUAGGAUAGAAUGGAAUUGAUCAUAAUUUCUUAAAAUAAUGUUAAUCAUUAUUCAUAAUGUUAAUAAUUAAUUGAAAGUGUAAAUAUUUUAUAUUAAUAGAAACCUUUCCGUGGAAUCUUUUGUGUAGGGAAUGAGAUUGAACGUCAUAUUUAUUCAAUGUAUAUGAAAGUAUACGGAAGAUGCACCAUACGAAAUGAUAGAUGAUGGAAUAACACGGCUUCAUGAAUUUAAACACUUGAAUUCAAUGAAUAUACUAAUCUGAAUAGACGAGAAUUGAGUAAAAUAAACACAGGAUUUCUUGAAUAAUCCCCUAACUCUCUCAGCCCAUCUUCAACAAUUUAAAACACAUAAAUUUUCUUCUAUUCAAGCUGCAUGUGAACAUCUGCAUAACAAAGACCCACUUUGUCGAUUAUAGCUUCCGAAAUAUUGACGAUUUUGUCUCCGCAACCGCUGUUUGAAUCAUUUGGCACUUCUUGUUCAUCAUCUUUAGCAACUCCAUAUUUGACAUUAUCAGAGUCAUGUUGGGCUUUAAAUGCAAGAAACUCCUUUCUAGAGUUCAUCACUUCUUUUUUCUGUGUGCGAAGUAAA